AUGCUGUUAAGCAACGCUCUUCUGCUUGCUUUCCCGCUAGUAUCUGUCUACUUUUACAAACUGCUCACAUCAGGCCUGCCUUCCAAAGCUGGCAUAUACUCGUGUUUCAUCCCUAUUGGCGUGCUGGGGCAGGGCGCGUUUGCUACGCUGCUGAAUUUUCAGCAAUUGGCAGACCUCCUUCAAAACGAGCCUGCGCUCGUCAAGCCCACAGCUCUGCUCAGCCAAGACUUCCUGCAAGUAGUGGCGGCACUGCUUCAGCUUGGGUCCGUCUACGUGGCCAUGUGUCUCAUCUCAAUGGGUAUCUGCAUUACCGUGAUGGCUAUUUUCGGGGUUCUCAAAUACGGCCUCAUACACAGCUGGUCAAAGACCUUCUGGGCGUCAACGUUCCCACUGGGCACCAUGGCCGUUUCCCAGUUAGAGGUGUACAAGCUAACUGGCUGGCUCGGCUUCAAAAUUACAAGCACCAUCUACUCAUUUGCAUUGAUUGCAGUCACAACUUACUGUCUACUGAACACCUGCAUUUUCGAGUUGCCCGUUAGAAAGCAUGACGUUUAA